GUUCAAAAUAAAAAUAAAAAUAUAACAGACAAUAGCAAAGUAAAUAUAUUUGCCUGCAUUUUAACCUUAUUCUCCAAGUUAAAGUAUUUCCCUUAUAGGCCAACUUUUUGGUAUCAACCAUUAUUUCAAAUUCCUUCUACUAUCUCCUCUUCAACUCUGUUAGAGUUGUAUGUCAAAUUGAAGAAUUUUACUGAUUGUCUUUAUUUACUUGAUGGUUGUUUCGAUUCACUUCAAAAGCUUUCUGUUGAUAUUUAUCAAAUAUUGUCUCCACAGAUAAUAAUUGAUAACAAAGUAAAUUGUACAAUUUAAUAUCUAAUAUAUUCAAAUAAAUUGUUUUAUUUUUUUUAGAAACAAUUAUUCAACCUAAAACUUUUUUUGCUCUAUUCUGAACAAGAUACAGAUAAGUAUAAUGAAUUGAUUGUGCCACUUCUACAUCGAAUGAUCAAUCUAGAAGAACUCGAUAUACGUCUUGUUGUGUAUUGUAAGAAAAGAUUUAUUGAUGGUUAUGAUUUGAAAUACAAUAUUAUUAGUAAUUUAUUACAAUUAAAUAAAUUUGUAUUUAUUAACACACGAUCACGUCUGCCUCUAAAUGAUCAAGUUUAUUUAUCAUCAAAUGAAGAUUGUCAACUUUCAUUCAAUGGUUUUAAAAAUAAUAAAAUUAUUUCAUGUAUUGAUUAUUUCCCAGAUCGUAAAGAAGGUCAAUGUUAUAUUUAUUCAUAUCAUAUCAAGUAA